ACAUGUAUCAACUAUUUAAGCAAUAUCUUUCAGUUGGUGGAAUUCCGCGAACACAGAAAAAAAAGUAAAAACACUUUAAAACCCUCAAGCUUCGACCAACCUUCCAUACUUGCAUGCAUGGCAUACCGGAUAUACUGUUUAUGAUAGGGAGAAUGAAAAUGUUUUCUGGGAUCCCGAAGGGACACCACCAGUUGAAAUCAAGUGUCCCUUUUCAAAGUCAGCUGUCCCUUUGAAGUUUGUGUAAUGAUAGUAUUUUUCUUUAUCCCCUAGGUUUGCCUCCCCAGAUAUUCAAGCUUAUAUUAAACAAUGGACCAGAAGGCUGCAAGCAGCUUAGUCAACUUAAAUGUAGACGGGAAACUGCUGACAUGCCCUCGGGAUGUGUUAGUGAGAGAGAGUGACUACUUCAGGGCCAUGUUUGACAGCAAUAUGAUGGAAUCAAAUACAAAAUCUGUGACUCUUCACGGACAGGACUAUGAUACGGUUGUAACACUUAUGGAUAGCAUGGAUACAGGAGAUUUGAGGAUUGAUCAAGACAGUGCUGAGAGCCUACUUACAUCUGCCGUCAUGUUACAAAUGAAGUCCGCAAUUGACACAUGCGAGGGUUACUUUCUCACCGCGCUGGAUGAUUCAAACUGCUUUGAAUUAGCUGACCUUGCAAAAGCCAAUAUUCUACAUAGAUUGUACAAUGAAGCCAAACGACACUCCCUAUUCUACUUCCAGAGUGUACGCAAAUAUCCUCAGUUUCUAGAAUUAAAUGCUGUUCCUUUGAAGCAGUAUCUAUCUAGUUGUUAUUUAAACUGCAAAACAGAAAUCGAGAUUGUUGAUGCCAUAAAUGACUGGCUUAAUCAUGAUAAGGGAAGCCGUGAGAAUAAACUGGGGGAAUUGCUGGAAUGUGUAAACCACACCGACUUCACAAGGAAGGAUUGGGCUUCAUUAGCUCAACACACGAUUGUUACAGACUGUCUAACUGCAAGGGCUUGGAUGAAAGACAAAUCCAGUCUUGGAGACCUAUCAUUGCACAUGAAUCGGAGUCGGCAGGUACCGGUGGACAUCUUCUGCGUCAGAUUCAUGGAAACAUCAGAAGCUAAAAGAACAGCUGCAGAACAGGUUACUCAAGACAUUGUUGUGUUUGAUGAAAGACACUGCUGCGUAAAGAGUGUAAAAUUGGUGGAGGAUAUCUAUGGAAAAGAUAAGAGAAUAUUUGGCUUUCAGGCAACAGUUGUUGGUAAAGAUUUGUACUUGUCUGGAGGUCAGAGCGAUGUUUUGAGGGGCAAGUUUGUGAACGAGGUUUGGAAGUAUGAUGGUUUCCAUGGUAACUGGACGGUUGCAACGGAGAUGGCUUUGCCUAGGCGACACCAUGCAGCAUGUGGAUCAGACACAGAGCUUUUUAUCCUUGGAGGGUUUGGGAAAUUCAGAGUGAUGCUGGACAGUUUUCAGAAAUACGACACAACAUCCGGUGAAUGGACAUCAUUACACAACUUUCCAAAAUCCUGCUACGACAGUGGAAUGACCUACACAUCAGAUCGCAUAUUUGUGACCACUCCCAGUGUGUAUGUGUAUACACUCAGAACAAACACAUGGGCAAGCGUGUGUGAGGAUAAGAUUGCCAGUGAAUGGAUAACCACCCAAAUAACACCCCUUGAAUAUGAUGGCGAUCUAUACUUGUGUCCUAAAGACGGAUUUAAGCUUUGCUCGGAUUGCUUCAAUGUUGACGAAAAUGAAAUUUACAGAAGUGCUGAUGGUUGGUCGGUGUUCGAUUUGCAGAAAUACGAAACCAAACUUGGUAUUCAAAGCAUGACCUUUUUCAACCAGACUUAUUACUCAGUCACUCAUGAUGGUGUUUUGUGGAAGGGAAAUUUGUUUUCAGAUCGAUUAACUUUGAAAAGGCUGAAUAAAGAACACGAGCUGAUUGGACAUUACAAACCCAUUGCUGUGCCUAGUUACCCGUAUUUUAAAAUAUCAGAGGAUUGUUCAAACACGGAGGAUUGUAAAACAUUUUAAAUAACAGUUACCAAUAUGUAAUGAUUAUGAAUUGGUGUACACCAGUGUAUUGUUAUUAUCUUAAAAUUGAGUACAGUUUCUUCCCCCAUAUUCACGUAGCUUCGCAGUGGUAUUGGUGUUUUUCUACAAAUCAUACAAAUCUGUAUGGAUAUCGGGGACAGAUCCUGGAAUUGACAUUAGAGGGGACGUAAUUUGAAUAGUUUAAAAUGUUGACAGGGGUUUGUGGGAUACUGACUUAUACGCUUUAAGGGGGCGUGGGCGAUGGGUUCACCAAUGACAGCAAUAUUGUAACUGUGUAUUUAAUAGCGCAAAAGUAUUAAAUAAUUGGUGAAUGCUAAAAGAUAUACUGCGGAAAGGUAGAAAUACCGUAUUUUAUGCAUAUUUCUUUCAAAAUUCAACUCGGUAUCCUUCAUAAGAACCAUUGUUUCGGCAUUUAUUCAUCUUUUUAGGAAUAUUAAAACAAUAUUAUUAAUUGUGGUAAAUAUUAUUUUAGGAGUAAGAAUGCAACUUAAAUAACUCCUAAAGCGUUCGAAUAGUCAAAAUAUUAUCACAUUGAUCAUAGAUCUCGAACAGGACCAUGCCAUACAUUACUUUCUCUAGAGUCGAAACUCGCCAACUCGGUUAUCUAAAUGUUCUGAUAACGUCGAUCUUUUGAAUGUUGUUAGUCUAGUUAGACAUUAUUAUUUUUUCGGUUAUCUCGAAUGAUCGAUAUCUCGAAGUAUUUGCCGUGGUCCCAACGACUUCGAUAUAGCGAGUUUUCACUGUAUAUAGGAAUAAUAUCUCGGGUAUGUUCGACGAAAACAUGCUGGAACUAAUGAUAUUAGUAACUUUUUAAGGCAUGACCGCAAACUUGUCUCUAUUUGACCAACAUUAUAUACCGCUCUCGAACUUGACCCUAUUUCAUCAUUUUAUCCGUAUUGCUCAGAGAUGCUCUGAGUUAUGUAUUUUUGUCCCAACAGGACAUUAAAUAUUUUUUCAAACACGGUUAAUAUUAUCGAUACCAACCAAAGCGCAUCAUCUCUUGGAAACAUAAUUGACCAACGAUCCCGCUGCACAUUCAGAACUGCUCGGCCAUUAUCGAUCAAAAACAAACGGGUGUAUACGAACGGUUUACACUGUCAAAAAUCUUUACAUUUUUACUGCGCUGCAAGUAGAUCGCGUAGUAAUUUCAAUUAAGCAGUUAAACUUUAUGACAUAACGCUUGGGAAUCUUUUUUUAACGACCUAUUUCUACUGACUUACCGGCAGCCAUCCGAUGUUUGUUUUCGAUGGAAAAUGGCCGAGUAGUUCCGAUUGGACCGCUGCAGUGAAUUCAUGUACGUGAAGUUAGCGGCCUAGCGGUCCCUAUUUCAAAGGAAUUGUUCAUGCGUUUUUUUGGAAACAAUGUUUUUUUAUUCAUAAAUUUUCUAUUCAGAGCAUCUUUACAUGUAUAUCAAUGCGUUUUCUUCUAAAACAAUGAUAGGAAAAUGUUGAAAAUCGCUUCAAAAUGAUAUUUUGUGCGAUACCAUUUAGGCCACUAGGCCGCUAACUUCACGCCGCUCGGCGCUAGGCCGCUGAACUGCUUGAACGACUUUUUGGAAACAAUGUUGAUAAUCGCUUGAGAUUGAUAAUUUGUGCAUUAAAACAGUUAAUUUAUCAUUGUUUUAGAAGAAAACGCAUAUAAAAAUGCUCUGAAUAGAAUACAAUUUAUGUUCGCUAUGUUAAUAUAUGAUAUAUAAUAUAUGGUUAAAACAAUUUAUAUUUCUGAUAUAAGAUAUAUUCCGAAAACAGUAAACUAACGCUUAUAACUGCAGCCAUAUUUGUGUACUUUUGAUCAGCUGUCUGUGUAAAAUGCGGCGCCGAUUUUUUUUAUCGAAUGUUCGGGCCCCGAUGUCAUUUUCAAGAGACUUUUUCGUUUCGUAUGCUAUAUUUUACUCGACAAUCAGGUUCAAUUGUUUAUUUGCUCAAAUUCUUAUACAUGUAUAAAAUUUAAAUUGUGACAAAACAACUUAUUUGUACACUUAAAUCAAUAAAGAUGUGCCCCUGGUAGAACCGCCACUGGGCAGUCUUGACUUUUUUAAAUUCUUUUCUCGGAAUCAGCUAAUUUUGGUAUCGAUGCAUUCAUUUCAGUCAUAUAAGGCAACUCAAAAUAGAAAAAGAUCUCAAUUUUAAAAACAAAACUGCCGAAAUUUAAGCUGGAGUUACGCUUUUAGCUAUAAAACAUUACUUUCCGAAACGUAAAUAUGAAAAAUGCGACCUGAUCUUUUGCAAGCAAUCUUAUAUCACUGGUUUACAGAUAUUUACGCAAAAAUUGGCUCAUCCCAAGACAGAUUAAUUGCUAAAUAGCCAAAACGGUCUGGGUUAGAGCAGCUUUAACAGCUCUUGUUAACAUUCUGGUCAUUUUCCGAUCAGGUUUUUGAAAAUCUACUUUAUAUCUAUUCUGUGAAAAAUUCAACGUUUUUAGCUCGACUAUUCGAAGAAUAGGUGGGCUAUACUACUCGCCCCAGCGUCGGCGUCUGAUUAAAGUUUUAGGGCAAGUUGGGAUUUUCACUUGUAAGUCCAAUACCCUACAUUCAAUUGACUUAAUACUUCACACAGUUGUUCAGGGCCAUCACAUGAUGAGGUCAGAUAACUCCAUAUUAUUCUUUACACAGAUUAUGGCCCCUGAUUGACUAUGGAACUUAGGUUAAAGUUUUAGGGCAAGUUGGAAUAUUUAUUAAUAACUUCUAUAUCCUUUGUUCAAUUGACUUAAUACUUCACACAGUUGUUCAGGACCAUCACACAAUGAGGUUACAUAACUCCAUAUUAUCCUAAAUACAAGUUAUGGCCCCUGAUUGACUUAGGUUAAAGUUUUAGGGCAGGUUAAAGUUUUAUGGCAAGUUGGGAUUUUCACUUAAAACUUCAAUACCAUUCAUUCAAUUGACUUAAUACUUCACACAGAUGUUCAGUGCCAUCACAUAAUGAGGUAAGAUAACUCCAUAUUAUCUUUUAUACAAAUUAUGGCCCCUGAUUGACUAUGGAACUUAGGUUAAAGUUUUAGGGCAGGUUGGGAUAUUGUUUAAUAACGUCUAUACCCUUCAUUCAAUUGACUUAAUACUUCACACAAUUGUUCAGGACCAUCACCCAAUGAGGUUACAUAACUCCAUAUCCUUAAUACAAGUUAUGGCCCCUGAUUGACUUAGUUUAAAGUUUUAGGCAAGUAAAAGUUAAGGGCAAGUGGGAUUUUAAUAAAAAAAACUUCUAUACGGUUCAUUAAAUGCACUUAAUAAAAUUCAAAAUUAUUUACGACCAUCUUACAACAAGAAACAUAACUCCGUUUUAAGCCUAAAUACAAAUUAUGGCCCUUGAUUUUUUUUAUUUCCUUUGAAAGGCAUAUUCUUAACCACAUUUUCAUAAUGGGAAAUCAAGUUAUUUGAAUGA